AUGAAAGGUGUACAUACACAGGACAUUAAAACUAUCAACCCAGAAAAAUUCAAGUUAUUUGUUAAUGGAAGAGAGGGAUUAUCAGGAGAAGAGGUCCUGAAAUUAGGGAGUUACACGGCUUUGCUGAAAACAUCUUUGUCCGAGGAAUUUCAGUACUACAAAGUUGAUGAAGAGAGCUUUGAAUCUUCUCAUGACAUAUUUAGAUCAGCAUUCCCUCGUGGUUUUGCUUGGGAAGUUAUUAAGGUCUACUCAGGGCCACCUCUAAUUGCUUUUAAGUUCAGACACUGGGGUUACGUGGAAGGUCCUUUCAAAGGUCAUGCUCCCACUAGCCACAAAGUCGAGUUUUAUGGCUUGGGCGUUCUCAAAGUCCUCGAACAGGUGGAUGAAACUCUAAGAGCGGAAGACGUGGAGAUCUAUUAUGACCCUGGGGAGCUUUUUGGAGGUCUACUCAAAGGACCUAAAAUAGAUUCUUCAAAUUUAUCACAAGAAGAAGCUAAAAAGAGUACUUCAUCCACCAAUGCUCAAGGCUGUCCUUCCCAUAAGGAGGACUGA